AUGACCGAAGACCACAGGCAGGAACCUCUUCCGGAGGCUUCUCAAUCCAGAGAAGCAACUGUUGGCGAGAGCUCCAGCCAGCACCGUAGCGGCUGCGGUCUCCGUCAGGUCCUGCGGAAAGUUAAGAAGAAUGUGACUAAAAAAGUUUCUAAACGCUUCAAACGUUCCCGCCACCAAGUCCCCGUUGUACAGAACACGGAUCAUGAAAGUGUUUUGUCGAAUCAGAAUACUGAGCUUACAUCGCGUCUGCAUCCUUCCGAUGGCGACAAGCCCGCCACAUCUAAGAAUCUCACUAGUUGUGGGAAUCAAGGAGCAUCCAGAGAACCUGCUUCGAAGGUCCUCGACGCCCCUCCUGGCGUGGAAGAAAUUCCCGAUCCCCAAUCAGUUGAUGCUGAACUUCAGGCUGCCCGUGAGGCCACAGAAAGUAUGGCACUACUCGGGGGACGUGUCACUUCUUUUGUAUCCAAAGCCGAGGAUGGCCCAAAAUAUCUUGCUGCCGCAGACGAUAUCCCGACCACAUAUCUUUAA